AUGCUCCGUGUCUUCGGCUUUGAUCCCAGAGUCUCACCUUUCACAGUCAACGGCUACCCACUUCUACCUUCCAUGAGUGAGGAUCUGGACCACAUCGACCUACCAAUUCUAGAGAAAAGGGAUGUGCGGUUUGCUAGGAAAGAUGAUGGCAUGUUUGUGUGUGUUGGUCAGGGUGCGUACGGCCGUGUGUACCUGGCGGAGAUGUCUGGACGAGAGGGGAAGCUUGUGGUGAAGGACUAUAUCAAUGAAGGCGUCACGUGGGAAGUGAUCCAACACGAGGCCAGGCUCUUGAAGUACCUCACAGACACCAACUUCGUCCCUGAGUUUGUGGGAUUGAUAACGUCCUCUGCAUCCGAAGGUGGACACUCCUUGGUACAGGAGUACUUCGGCAAUGGCCUGACCAUCCUGAAACUGUUACAAAGCCAAGAUGAGCUGAGCAAGACGACCUGGAUGAGCAUCUGUUGCCAGCUUGCUGAAGGACUCCAGGCAAUCCAUGCUAAGCAUGUCCUCCUCAAUGAUGUAAAGAGUGACAAUGUACUUGUGGACCUAACUUCUGGAUUGCCUGAAAUCAGAUACAUCGAUGUAGGAAUGGCUACUUACAGACAAGGGCUUCAGUUCGAGUGUUCCCGACCUCAUAUUGAUGAUCAUAAUUACUUGGCCCCAGAGGUGUGCAUGGGGUCCCACUCUAGCCCCUUGUCGGACAUCUACAGUCUGGGACAUCUCCUGGGACAUAUUGGCAGGAAGAGUCAGAUCCCAGAGUUGGAGAGUGUGAGUCAGUCCUGCACCCAGCAGCUGCCCAUAGACAGGAUGUCACUGACCACUGUCAGGGCCGAGCUGGACCUCAUCUCCAGCGCUGUAGGGGGAUAG